AUGAAGAAACGACGACCUGAUCGUUUUCUCAUUGGUCUGAAAUGUCGUCUACUUGGUGAAAUUCCAUCCGAUUUACGGUCUCAAGUAUGGAAAGAGCUUCUUGGUGUCGCUCGUAGUGAACGCGUUUACUUGGAUCAAAGUAUUCUUCAAGUGGAAGAAGAUUUAAGGAAUCAACGAGUGAUUCGAGCUGAUGCUGCACGUACACGAAGCAAUGAACGUCGUUUUCAACAACCAGAGACUGUGGAAGUGAUUGUCAAAUUACUGACCUAUUACUGCAAAUGUCGUAGUAUUCAAUACAAACAAGGCAUGAAUGAAGUACUUGCACCUUUUCUUUUGCUCACGGAAGAACGUCAAGGGUGUGAAGAUCGAGUACCAUUGGCGGAGGGGGUUGUUUUUCAGUGCUUUUAUGCUCUUAUUGAUCGAUUCUUGCCCCAUGUGUUUGUAGACAAAGAGUUUCGAUCAUUGCAGUGUUCUUUCCAGCUUUUUCGAUUACUCAUGUUGUAUCAUGAUCCAGAGUUAUGUCAUUAUCUAGAUCAACAUGAUAUGACACCCGAACUCUACGUUACACCGUGGUUCAUGACGCUCUUUGCACGCUCACUACCGCCCGAGUUUGUGUUUUAUCUAUGGGAUAUUUUUUUGCUUCAAGAAGACCCGUAUUUGCUACACUUUGUGGCGUACGCACUGGUGGCGGCAAAUCGAGAGCAGAUUUUUCAAGCAGAAAUUCCAAUGCUACCACAAGUACUAAGCACACUGACUUUUUCUUCACGUAUUGACUUAGAACAAGUGUGUGCUAGCGCACUGGUGGUCGCAGAAUCCACUCCGCGCUCGUUUAAGCGUGACUUGUACUCGGUCUGCUAUGGUGGCUUCACGGACGCCAUGGUGCCGUUUCUGGAUCAACUGUACGUGUGUUCUAGUCUGCAAGUAUACCCAGAGGAACUUGUCCGUAAUUUGCUGGAUCGAUUGAAGGGGACAAAGAGUGAGCAGCACGUGUCAGUGUUGGCACCAAUUGCCUUGAGUGGGCAAGACAAUCCUUUUUCAGAAGCUGACGCGCGUAAUCCGUCAAGAUCAUCACGUGGCGACCGACCACCGUUGUUGUAUCUUUCAGGAAAUGGAAAUCGAGAUGAAUCAACAGGUUUGAAGUUUAUUGUGCUGGAUUGCCGACCAGCAGAGGAGUACCAUAAGUUGCAUUUGAGUCUCUCCCAUUACAUUGACCCAAGCAUCAUGGGACACCCAGAUGCCCUUGAUAAAUUGAUGAAAGGUUUCUUUCACAUGAAAGGAUGUCACUUUUGCUUUGUUGGUCGCUCUGUCGACUCACCCUCUAUUCUUUCGAGGUCCUCAUCCGACAGCGUAGCUUUGAAAACGAUUGUGCGUCUGGCCAGUGUCAUUUUAAAUGACACGUCGCAACAUCUGCCAUCACAGGACCCUAGUCAGAGGUCGAUUGAUGUAGUCGUAACAGAAAAAGACGACAGAGAGAUAUCACCAUCCGCUUCAUCGCCGACCGAGCCCGCCGCAACUUCUUGCAAUCAGAGCCCUGGAGAACCUGGCACGCUACCUAGCGAAAUCGACAAAAAUGGAGUGUCUGAGGUACAUGCAGAAUACGUGUCUGUGACACAAAAGCUUGUGUUGUUGUUUUUGCAAAAGGGAUUCAAGCACGUAAGUCGGCUCGAUGGGGGAUUCGAUGAGCUUGAGAAGAAUAUUCGAAACAUGGAUACGUUUGCGCAGGAGCAGCUUUUGGUGGCGUCACCACAGCUACCACCAACGUACGAGCAGCCAAUAUUGGCAGAUUUGACUGAGACCGCCUCAAAGGGGGGAUUCAAUUUGUUUUCAAAAAGGGGACGUAGUCGGCAGGGUGUCGCAUCGAAAGAUGACGUUUCGCUUGAAAACGAUACGAACACACAUGCUGAGAUAUCUGACGGGAACAGCAGUCGCUUUAGUGCCAGUAAAGGUACAGAUACGCUAUUUCCAUCAGUCUCGGACACUAGUACUGCGAUGGAAUUGAAGGAAAGGAAGAAGAAGCCAUCGAUCAAAAUUACGACGAGUUCUGCUGUAUCAACAUUGUCACAGCGUUUUAUGUUUUUGAAAGCAGCAGCUAAAGACGCAGUAUCAUUGAGUUCAAGUUCACUUAGCGGAACGAACAGUCAAGCAGCUGUUGAGACAAAUGCGUUAGUUAAAUGUACGAGAAAGGAUGGUUGGAUGAAAGCUCGUGUUAAGAAAGAUGAAGUUAUUGGGACAACUUUUGAUGUUAAGAUACAGCCUGGUCCUAUUGGAAUCUCAUUUCGCAAGUCUCGAACGUCAAAGAAAUAUCAAACUGCCGUCGAUAGUUUGGUUCCCGACAGUCAGGCAUUUGCAACGGCGCUUAUCACCGCCGGAGAUUUGCUGGUUGCGAUCAACGGUAAAAGCCUGAAAAACAAGGCAUUUUUGACAGUGAUCAAGCUCAUAAUUGAAGCGUCGAGGCCUGUGGUGUUGCGCUUUCUUACUCCGAUAAGUGCGAAUAAGAAAGUAGACGCACCUGACGUGAUGACAACUCAGCCGCUGGCACCAAAACUGGUUUGCGCGACCGGACACUCUCUCUGUGUUGCCUGGGACAAGCUAUCUUUCUCAUCCUCCACGACAGCACUGUAUCAACUCGAAUAUGCGAAGAAUUCUGGUGAUGGUUCUCAUUCUUGGCUUCCAGUCGUAAUAAAGCAGGAAGGAGCGACAGAUGGCAUUAAUAUGAGCAAUGUCACUGACCAGACGAAUGGCACAAUGAUUGGCCUUGAGCCUGGUGAAUCGGUGGUCUUUCGCGUCCGUUGUAGGGGUGGCCAGCGUUGGGGACCUUACAGUUUAUCAAGCAGCUCUAUGAGGACACUGGAUGGUUUGACAGCUGGCGCGUCAAAAUCUGUAUCCGGCUUUGUUAUACCGACACUAGUGAGUAGAAUAGACUUGGCUACUGUGAUUUUUCUUCCCGGUGUUUGCGCUGAAUACGUUGAGCGAGGUCAGUUUUUCUAUCGCGUGCUCCAAGCAUCACAAGCACGCCGCCGCCCGAGUCUUAAUUCUGACAAACUGGACAUUACACUGGAAAAAGGACAAGUGGUCAGAGGGUCCGAAAGACUUGUCAACCCUGGCGAAAACCAAAUAUUUGUUCGCCUUACCAUUGACAAUUGUGGUGAAACAGGAAAUGAAAACAAAGAUGUUCAAGGUAAGUCGAUGCUGCUUUGUAACGGUCAGAGAGAGGCAGAUGACGAUGGUGAUGGUGUGUGGGCUUAUGAAAACACGUCCAAAGGCGAUGUGGUUCUUGAGCGACUUCCUGAGUCUGCUAUUGCAGAAAUUGAGCCUUUGCUACGAGAGCAAGCCAAACCUAUGGUCCAGUCAUUCCUAUCUUCUCAUAAUCUUUCUCCAACUAGCAGCGGAAGCUUUGGCGAUAAUAUCAAACCCAACAGUGCGGCACCGAUUAGCGUAGUAAUCUCCAGCGCUGCCUUGUUUUCUCAUGCCAUUGCCCCACCGCAUAUUUUGCAGGCGAUUCCCGCAUCAAGCUUCGAGAUUGUUGUUACCUGGGAUUCGGUGAACGAGGUAGGAGUGGCGAAGUACCAGAUCCAGUACAUGAAAGAUCGGUUGGCUGCUAUGUGGUGGACAGUAAAACCUGACAUCUCUGCGGAAACUUGUAGAUAUUCCGUCACGGGAUUGCAACCAAACACGCUCUACAUUUUUCGUAUUCGCAGCGGGACGGAAGACAACAUAUGGAGUCAAUUUAGUGACCUGAGUGAAAGUUGCCGUACGUUUCCUAGCGGUGUGCUGUCCGCGGACGGCGCUUCCAGUGAUGAAGAUAGCGAGGCAUCGAUUGUUCGACAACCUGUGAGCAGUGAUAGAAAUAAUUGGUCAACGACGUCAUCAUUGAUUUUGGCACCGGCGCCGCAGAAUGCACCAGUGCGAACUGGAAGCACUAUGCUGGACAAAGCAGUAGCUGUAGCUUCCCGACUGAGCAUCCGCUCAUUAAGUAGCUAUCAGAUUGAGACACUGACGGACGAGGAGCCAUUGAACAACAAACGAAAUGACGACACUGAGACGCAGCAGCACGUAGUUGACGAAAACAGCGAACUGGAACUGCCUGAAUCGCGAUACGUGAACUUGGCAGAUUGGAAGUCCUCAUCAAGGAUUGCUCACAAAGAUUUCCGCUUUUAUCACGUUACCAAGUUCGAAGAGCGAGACGAUUGUUCUCAUCAAUUACUGUGUCUAGGCCACCGGGAGCUGGUUGUUGCCCCAUCUUUGCUCGUCAUUCUGAAUGUGAUGGUGGCAACACGGGAGGGGUUUGCGCUCGUAGAAGAAUGGCGGCCUUUAACAUCACUGAUAAAGGUUUCUGAGCGAGAUGACUUGAACAACGCGCUUGUCUUUCACUUUAAGGAUCGAACUGUUUCCACGCCUGACUCCACUGAUAACGCAAUACCAAGCAACCAGUUAAUUGUCGUUGUCGAAGGGGCCCAAGCCUGCGCUAAGGUUGUACAAGACUAUUGUGCGAUGACGGUGAAUGUUCAUUAA